CCGCUUCCUCAUCGUUUGUGUUGAACUAUGAUGAUCCCUACGACAUGUGGCAGUAUGGCAUUGUGUAGAACAUACUGAACAAGAACGAGUGAGCGAAUCCGUCCAGUCUUAGCUGGUGCUGUCAACGACUUUAUUGGAGGAGUAUGUGAGGGGCUGGGCUGCGAAACUUCGCUCACUGAUAGCAGAUGACAGAUGAACCCGUACGGUCUACUCUCAAGGGGCGUAGUACUACCAAUAUGCCUUUGAACUGCAGGAGAUGGCAACUCCUCUCUUCCACACCUCCUCCGCACGACCAUGGCUGCAGCCGGUAUGAGCAAAAACAAUCAUCGAGUGCCUUCGAAACAGUAUCACGAAACAUGGUGGAAAAUGAAAGAAAAAGAAACACUUCGCGAUACACUGAGUUGCACAUAUGCGAUCCACGAGAUUGGGUGGCCCAGACUCAGACAUCCGUGGACAACCACAACGAGAGGGGAAACAGAGUGCUGGAUAUUGUAUCAGUAACGGAUGUUUCAUAAGAGUCGUAGUGGCUAACCUCUAGUACAUGCGGUACCACAUCGGCACCAUAUUGACACCCAUGGCAGCCUGAACGCUCUGAAUGAUGGCUUCAUCUGGUCGCUUUCGGUCUUGUUCCAGAUAGUUAGUCCCAAUCACCAAGCAUAAAGCCAGAUCAUCGGGUUCGUCUUCGCCUGUGUAUACCGUUCUACAGUCAGACUUCCUGAGUUUCGCAUCAAAUCGGAUUUUAUCGAAAGC